ACAGCAUAGCAUUUCAUUCAACUGCUUGUAAUGCUUUGCUUUGACAGUGGUGAUUAUAUUUUGAUAUUUUUAAUAAUUCUAAUUCAUUAUGGUGGGGUGCUCGGCACCAAAUUGUGCCAAUAAAACAGAGAAAGGGUUUCGCUUGUUCAGAUUUCCUACAGAUGAAAAAAGAAAGGCAAUUUGGCUUCAAAAUUGCAGACUUGAUAAAUGGAAGCCAACAUCAAAUUCCAGACUUUGUGAGGACCACUUUGAAGAAAAUCAGUGGGAGCUCCAUCGAGCAGAUGAGUGGAGAAAGUUGAAGCCAAAUGCUAUUCCAACUUUAUUUAAUGUUCCGAAUCCACCAAAAAAGCUUAUAUCAACAAGGCGGUCAACUUACAAGGCAUUUCCUGCUGGGGAGGAGGAGCAAAUAAAGCAACUCAAGAAUGAAGUUGCAUCACUGAAGGAGGAACUUCAGAAGAAGGAUUCAAUGAUGAAAUCGUUUUUGAAUAAGGAGCAAAUUGCUGCAUUGCAACAAACACCCAACAAGUGGAGUGCUGAGUCUAUCCUUCUAGGCUUGAAGCUUCGAUUCAGCCUGGGUGUCAAUGGCUACAAUUUCCUAAGGGAAACGAAAUAUCCUCUGCCUUCCAUUGCCACUCUGAAUCGACACUCAAUUGAUUCCGAUAAGAAUCGGAAACGUAAGGCUGAAAUGUUUGGAACUUCAUCCAAAAAAAGAAAAAAACUGAGUUAGGAUAUGACCUGUAAUAUUACUCAAUUACUUCUUAACAUGUAUGAAAUCAGGCCUACUUAUUUUUAUUUAUAAAAUAGAAUUAUAGCACCCUUUUUCUGAAAAUAAUAGGUUAAGAAUACAAGUUAUGACAACUAGUUUGGUGUGAACACUGAAACUAGUUGUUAUAAUUUGUAUUCUUAAUCUAUUAUUUUAUUAUUGUCAGAAAAGGGUACUGUAAUGCUAUUUUAUAAAUUCUCAGUUACUUAUUUUUACUAAAAACAGUUUUCAAAUUAGUUUACAACGAGGCUGCAAUCUAUACUAUAGUAAAUAUUACCAUAGUAAUAUUGAAGAUUUACUCAAAGAUAAUGAUAUUUUUUAUCAAACUGUAGGUUUCAAUUUAGGAGAAGUGAGUGAGAUAGAUGAUGUAGUUAACGCUUUCACCUUUCAAAUAUUUGAAGAUUGAUAGAACUAGUGGUCCAGAUGGUACACCCACUAUUUCUUCAAAGAAUUGAAGGAUGAACUAAUUUUGUAAUUAUAUAAUUAUAUAAUUUGUCAAUUAGAAACAAUCAAUUUCCUCUCAUAUGGAAAUAAGCUAUUUAUAAAUAAUGGUACUGAUAAUUUAUAAUAAUGGUAUUUUCAAAGACUAAUAUAAAUCGGGCAAAGAAAAUGAGAUCAGUAAUUUUAGGCCUGUAAUCAUUAGUGGAGCUAAAGUCUUUGAAAAUAUUAUAUAGAAGUUAUUUAAAUAUACUAAAUGUUAUUAUCAGUUUCAAAUAUUGUAUCAGUUAUAUCAGUUUCAAACAACAUUCAGUUUCAAGAUUAUUGACUUUUUGAAAAGGUUCUUGAAAGUGUUUAAUCAAUUGUUCUUGAAAGUGAUGACUCCGCUAUUUAUUUAUUUAUUAGAGAGUGCAUACAAUAGACUAUUAUUUUAUGUAGACUACUAAUAAUAUGAACCUAUGUGAGCGGGGUGUUUGAAUUGUUAUCGAAGAAAGGUUGCUCUGCUAUGUAUAUAUUACAUAAAUUGUGUAGGUAAUAAUCUAUUGCAUUGUUAGGAUUUGUUCGAAAAUAUAUUUUUAAAAGAAUAAAUAAGUAUAAUACUUGUGUAUUGUAUAAUGAAAUUCAAUGAUAGUUUGCUUACACAUUACAUCUAUCGUUGUAUAUGUUUCUUGAUACAUGUGUUUCAAGAAUGGAAAGUAUCUUAAUACUUAAUAUAUAACUAUUCAUAUAGAUAAUAUGAAAUAUAUAACUAUAUACUGUAUAUAAUACUUUUAAUAUAGUAUCUUAAUACACUUGUAUUAAUAAAUGAUGUCUUAAUAGAUGAGCAUGUAAAGCGCCUAACAGCAGCAAGCUAAUUACUUGAAUUAAUUCAAGUUUUAUUUGCAUUAUUAAAAGUAGGUAGCCUAGUCAAUGGAUUCGUUAUUAUUAUUAUUACCUCAUGGUUUUAUGUCGAAAACAUUAAUCAAAUACUAAAAAAUUGUUUUAUUAAGAGGUUAAUUACAGUAGGCUAAUCAACUUGGUUGUCAGUACGGUACGGUAUAUCCAUUUUGAUGUUUAUGCUUACAUAAAAUAAUAUUUGAUUGAAUAAAUUGACAAAACUUGAAGAUUUUGCUAUAGCCUA